AUGGUUAUUCCAAAACGCUACCCAUCACUAUUAACAUUGAUUAUCCUCAUAGCUACAGAUCUAUCACACGCCGACACAAUAAACAACAUUCAUGUUGCAAACGGUCGAUCAGAUUCAUUAUCAUCAACAAAAGAUGAGUUUAGUCCUAUGGAAAAAGUUACUGUAGAAAUCAUCAACGAUAUUGGUGGUACGGUAACAUUGCCUUAUCAUUGUAAAUCAAAGGACGAUGAUUUGGGUGACAGAAGUUUGCAACCGGGUGGGUCGUGGUCGUUUAGUUUUAAGCCUCAAAUAUUCGGAAGGUCAUUGUUUUUCUGUUCUUUUGCGUUGCCAAACGGAAUGUAUUAUUUUGACAUAUAUAGAUACCACCGAGAGAGUAACGGCGAUGACUGGUGCCAACAGUGCAUGUGGAAGAUCAGACAAACCGGACCUUGUAGGUUUAACCGUAGAACUAAGCAGUUUGAUAUUUGUUUUCCAUGGAAUAAAAAUAAGUCCUUAUAUUGA